UUGCGAUCAGUUCUGUACUGUUGAGAUAUAAAAGAUUCUUUUGGCCUCGUCUCUCUGACAUUCAGACCUAUUGUUUAAUGUAUCGUUUACAACCAGCGCCUCCAGCUCUGAUGCUCUCGACAGCAGCUAAUACAAGCCCUCAUGGCGGACCGGCCAAGAUUCGCUCAGUGACGUUAGAGCAGCUCCCUUGGUCUAUUGUCAAGAAACUAACACAGCUGCUUGAUAGAACUCACCCGGAUCACCACAACUGGUCCUCGUUACUCUCUCAUGCUCAAGUAAUUGGGAUUAAGUAUACUGCAGAUGAAGUGGCUAAUUUCCAGUCGGUAGCUAACAGAGUAGCAGGGAGUCCCUCUGAAGCAAUCAUUAACGAUUUUAUCGUACGCUGUGUAACAACUGAUGAUCUGUACUUGAUACUAAAGGACAUGGAACACAAGAGAGGAAUGGAGCUAUUAGAGGAGUAUGUGUCACUUCGCUUGCUGCCUCCUAAUACUAAGAGCAGUGAUUCAAUGAGAGGAGGGAGUGCUCAAGGAAACGGAGGAGGAGGAGAAGCUGAUCAAUCCAGAGCUAAUGGUUCUAACGGACUACAGUACACAUACCAUCCUGAAGUGGGACCACUGCCAAUAAAUGUACCAAACACUGUAAUCAGUACCACUGUACUACGAGUACCACAGGACCAACAACACGAUAAUCAUCACAUGCCUUCGAAUCAGUUUCUUAUUAACGCCCACCACCACUCGUCAAGCCCCGCUAGUCAGUAUCAGAGUCAGUCUCCUGGUAUUCAGUCGCCUGGCUGCUUCUUCUCUCCUGUAGGAGAUACGCCUACAGCUCAAUUUAGCUCUCCCCCUCCUCCUCCUUAUUCUCCUCUCGUUCAUUAUCCUCCCUCUCUUGACUCCUCCUUUCAUGACUCAAGGGCUCAGAGACAUUACGAAGGAGGGGGUGGAGUGAUGAUGUGUUCCCCUCAAUCCCACGAUGGGUAUCAUGGUACCUCGCCUGUAUUCACUCCUCAGACCGUACCCUCCCCUUGGUGUGAGAGGCAGCUGGAUGGGAUUGUCUCAAGACCCAGUAAUUCAAGUACAAGUAGCUCGCCUACAAAUUGUACACCUUCUCCCUCUCUUUCUUCUGCUCCCUCUUCUGUUCCUUCUUCUGCCCCAUCUUCUCUUCCCCCUCCCUCCUCCUCUUCCUCCUCUGCUGCUGCCUCUAAUAAUGAUAUCAAGUUGAGUAUCCUUCGUUUCUCUUAUGCUGAUCUCAGCACUGCUACUCGUAUAUUCACCGAGGGACUGGUUGGUCAUGGAGCCUUUGGCAGUGUCUUUAGAGCAAACAUAAGAGGCUGUGGACCGUAUGCUAUCAAGAAGCUACACAAUAGAUCAGAGAUGCAGUCAGAGAUGGAAGGAACGCUGUUCUUUGAACCUCUUCAUCAAGAGAGCUUCAUGCUGGAAUUACAGUCACUUGUCAAAUAUAAGCACAGGAAUGUAUUGAGUCUCAUUGCUAUUAGUGAUGAUGGCCCUAGGCCAUGCCUGGUCUAUGAGUAUAUGGAGAAUGGCUCAUUAGCUGAUUGCCUUCUUGGGAAAAAGAAUGUUCAUUUGGAUUGGAAGCUACGUUUGGAGAUAGCCAGUCAAGUUGCUGAUGCUCUUAACUUCUUGCACAGAGUGAAUGAGCCACAGUCCCUCAUUCAUGGUGAUGUGAAGAGUUCUAAUAUUCUUCUUGACAGACACUUGACCCCAAAGUUAUCUGAUUUUGGUUUAGCUCGAGAGUCUCUCAACCGUCCAACUCACGUCACCACAGUCAGCGCCAAUAGCCGGGUUGCCAUGGGAACAGUGGCUUAUAUGGCACCCGAGUUCUUGCGCAACUCAAAGCCUUCGUCUAAAACUGACGUGUACGCUUUUGGUGUCGUUAUACUCGAGUUGUUCACAGGUCAAGCGGCAGAUGAUCCUAGCAGGGACAUACGGACACUGGUUUAUCAUUUGCAGCCAUUGUUUAAUGAUCCUGACAAGAAUAGGGAGAUGGUGCUACAUGAGUCUGAUGUAAGAGCAAGAUGGCCCCAGGACACUGCCCUUGGGUUCUUUGUCAUUGCUACCUUUUGCCUUGAGAGCAAGCCAAAGAAAAGGCCACCAAUGGAUCAGGUACGGGAUCAGAUUACCAUGCUGCUUGAUGAAGCCGUCAUUCAACAGCCAAUGGGUGAACUCUAUAUCUCCCAGCAGUACACAUAACUGUUAUUAUUAUUACUAUUGUUGUUAUUGUUGUUGUUAUAAUUUUUGACACAUUAUGAGUGUCAGUAUGUAUUAUUCAUUACUAA